AUGUGGUUUACAGAUUGCACGGAACUACAUCAUAUUGGGUGGAACUGUGCGGAACUGCGCGGGACUGCAUGGAACUGCGCGGAACUGCGCGGAACUGCAUGGAACUGGUGCCGCAGGGGUUACGGCAAAAGUUCUGUGCCCAUCGGCAGCCAUGAGAGGCACUUACUAAAGCUCCGGGCCCAGAAGUACAACCUCUGGAAAUUAGCCCCAUCGUCGUUUGGGCAUUCGCAUCGAACAUCAGCGUCUCCAACUCCAUCACCAACUUUCCUUCGACAACGCGUCUCUAAGCACAUCAAAUGUGUGGAAUCUGACGGGAAGGUUGAGCGAGAAACGGCCAGAAGCUCAUACUCAUCGUCACCAGUGAAACAUCUAAUCAAUACCCCACAAAUUCGCUCUUUAACUACCCCUCCGACAUCUGACGCCGAGCACGAGAUGCCUUCUCGAAAAACCAAAACCCAUUCUAAGGGAAAGUCUGUCGCAGUUAUGAAUCCUUUGGUACUCCAACCUGCAGUCGACGUAGAUGUACGAAAGGCUAAAGGAAAACGUUCACAGUCCAACAAAGUCAAGGCUCCGACGAAAAAAGAACGUCGAGAUACAGUUAUAGAACGUCAACGGAUGAAUGCAGAGAAACCAGUAUCUAUCCCUCGCGUACAACGCAGGAGCAAACUGACGUUCAAUAAUCUUUUGAGUAAAAUUGCUGGAAACACGCCGGCACCCUCGAAAGGAGAGGAUUCAAUGGAUCCAAUAUCCGAAUUCUCAGAGUACUCCUCCCCUACCAGUAACCGCAGUGCGGUCGUUCCGGCUGAUACAAAGCUUACAGAAGCAGAAACCCCUCGUGCAUCCAUGCCAGAACUUCCUGGCGGCGCUGACUCCGACGAGGAACAGCUUCCAGACAUAGACCUGUUGCUCAAAAUCCUCCAAGAAAAGAAACUGCGAGCUCUGCAGCAGCAGGGGCAACUGCGCUCGGGUGCAUUAGCGUCAGAUGAUGACGAUGACCAGGAGAUUGUGAAUGUUCCAAGCACUAGCAUGCAGGUUGCGAUGCAGAAAGCUGAUGCGAGAAAAUCUGGUCGGCCCGGCAUUACGGCGAGUACUCGAAUUCUCCAGAAGCAUGCUGGGAUAUCUAGUUCCCGUCGCACGGGUGAAGUCGGGUCUGCUUCACAAGCUUGUAACUCCAGGGAGUUGAAUGAGGUCUUGUUAAAGAGGGUCAAUGCUGAGAACACACGCAGGACACAACUAAAGACUGAGGAGUGGAUCAGCAGAGGAGGGAAACCACUGGGACCAGCGAUUCAAGCGUCCGAACGACAUGGUCUGGAUUGGUAUGCACAAAAAGCAUUGGAGGACCUGAAAGAGACGAACGCAGAGAACGGAAAUCACCAUCAGGGAGGGACUGACGACCAAGAAGAUGAAGAGUGGACUUCCUUGCGGGGAUCUGCGAGUCCCGCCCUUGUUGAGCAAAAUAGUAACAAUGGGUAUGAAGAAAACGAAGGGGAUGAUGAAGAAGGUUUCGAAGACGACCAGGAUAUCACAAUAGUGAAUGAAGACACUCAAGACGAAGAUAUAUCAACUCAAGUUGAUCUUUCUCACCGACGAGCCGUGCGACCUAUCGUGAAUUCGGACACUGAGGAUGAAGACAACAACGAGAAUCUCUAUGCACAACGUCGCUCACUCGGAAAAGUUCUUGUGCAGGAUUCAAUGAUUCUGGACCAGGACUCUGACAAAGUUUCCCCCCUUCCUCAGUUUGCCCACCGUCAAUCGGAUUCUUCCUAUGACGGGGGGGCUACCGAAGACGGGUGUGACAAGGAGAACAACGACCUACUGAUGUAUGAUCGGAGUGAAGAUAAGGAAAACACUUCUGUUGUUCAGCAUGAAUUGUUGAACCAUGGACUUUCACCGGGACGUCGGAGCUCUGUCCAUGAUCUCCAGGAAGGCUUAUCGAGUCGUCUUUCAGUAUCUUUGGAUGGUUACGCCACGGACGAGGACAAGGAAAAUCCUCGCAGUCCUCUGAAAACCCUUAGCGUUUCUGAAAUCGAGCCCCUCAAUCCUGCCGCUGUCUCCUUUGCGAUAAGGCUCGACCGAGCGACUUGUACGGCAUCUAUCGCUGAUAAAGCUCCUGAUCCCUUGCUUUCUCCUCGAGUCUCUCGUGAACCUCAGAUUUCCGGCUUUUCUCAAUUUCCAGACGACGGAGAAGGAUUUCGGCCAAAGAAGUUAGAGGCUGGCUUUUCCGGUUUCUUCGAGUCUGAUAGUCAGAUACCUUCAAGUUAUUCUCGUCCGCUUGUAGGAAGCUUGACGGAAUCGGGCCAAUCAAACAAUUUCUUUGAUAAGCUCCGCAGGAGUAGUCCGCUUGUCCUCACCCAAGAAGUCGAUCUGCAACCUGCGCUCGAAGUGGACGAAAGUCUGAAGCGUCAAGCCGACGAGGUUUUUGAGAGGGAGCAGGAACUGAUCAUUGAAACGGUGAACGCGUCUACCAGCAAGGAACCGGAGUUAUAUAUAAAUGAUCAAGGAUUUCUUACCCAAACCCGCCCUGACGGAAAUGCAGAGGUAUAUCGUCCUCCACCAACACCAUCUCAGUUUUUCUCGCAAAGUGGGCAAUUUGCCACUCAGGGAAUAUCAAACCAGGGCCUCACUAGGCGGCCCUUCCGCGAAUUAUCUAUGUCUGAAGCCGAAUCCACGGAGGAUACCCCAGUACGGACAAAUCGAUUGCAUCGUCUCAAGAAGCGAGAUGAGUCUGGGUCAUCUUCAAGUGCUCCGCUCUCGAAUAUUUUUGGAGAGCGUUCUAUUUCGCCUUCUCUACCUAGCCCUAGACCCCGAAGACAUCGACCCGUGGAAUCUCGAAUUCGAAAAAUUGGGCCAAGGCUGGCAAAAUCGGAAUUCAUCGAAGGAGAGGCGCAGGAGAGUGAUGAAGAUGAAAUGUUUGGUUUCCGUAAAGUCGAGGAGGAUGAGGAGGAUGGAGAACACCUGGACCGUAAUCUCGAAACUCUGGUGGACGAUAAAGAAUUGGACCAGACACAGAUAGCAAAAGACAAAGUUAUGGAGAAAUUUCAAGAACAACGCCAGGCGGAUGAUGCUCAGGUUGAGGAUGUGGCCCACAAACUUGCCCAAGGUCAUUUUCGCAACGGCAAGAGAUCCAGGGGUCAAGCCAGUAUUGAUAACAAUGAUGAUGAAGAUGAAGAAGACCAGACGGGUCGUAGGGUCCGAUGGAAAAUGAAGAAGGAGCCUGAGCUUAGGGGAGAUAUCAAAUCAUUAGCCGGACAAGAUGCAACUCGGGCGUUUGCUGAACAAUAUCAGGCGGCAAUCAAUAGCGAUGGAGAUCCUGAACUGGCGUUCCUUUCAGAGGGUGACUUGUGCUCUCAUAUUAACCCACUAUCGGACAAGGGUCACUCAUAG